AUGGCAAAUUUGCAAUUUACAAUUUUUGUUGUUCUCUUCAUCUUCGUUGCAGCAAUAUCCAUUAAAGCUGAAACAGUAGACCGAACCGACUCGAGUCCAAAUAAUUCUAAAAGAAAUGUAUUGAAUAAAAGAAACGAAGACAAAGUAUGCCAAUGUACGAUCGCCGAAGCGAUUUUCGAUUCUUCAUUUAAGGGUUUAUUCUUCUUUUCACAAGACGAAUGUGGUAGCACGACCAUUGCAGGAAUAUUGAAUGUUCAAUUUUGUGAUGAUGGUAGUACCAAGCCCUUUACACACACAUUUCCCGCAAUCAAUUUGGAUUGUAAUAAAGAUGGUAUCUUUAUCCCGGAAGCCGGUAAAUAUAGCAAACGUGCCGCCAAUAAACCACCUGCGACAGCAAUUAAAAAUGGUAAAAACAGAAAUGACAAGCCAUUGGAUAAAGCGCAAAUUAACAAACUUUAUAAAUAA